AUGUCUUCUUCAGACUCUGUUGAUCACAUUUCCAAGUGGGAGGAACGUGUAUGCUUAAACAGUGGAAGAAAGUUUUUCAAACCUAAAGUCAGUGGAUCCAUUACACCUACUGUUGGAAUGUUUUUUAAAUCAUUUGAUGAGGCUUUUGCGUUUUAUCAGAGAUAUGCACUUGCUGCAAGUUUUUCUGCAAGAAAAAAUACUUCUUGGAAAAGUGGUGAUUUAGUGAAAAUAAGAUAUAUUGUCUGCUCAAAAGAAGGAUUUCAUGUUAGCAAAGCAAUAGAUUCUUCUUCAGUUGAUGAAAAUAGUAAAAAGAUUGUUAGACGUAAUAGAGGUUCAAAAAGAGUUGGAUGCAAUGCUCAUGUGAAAUUAAUAUUAGAGAACAAUAAUAUGUUUAAAAUCUAUUACCUUGAAGAAGAACAUAAUCAUAUCUUUGUUGAAGAUAUUCAUUUCUUGCCUGCUACCAGAAGUAUUGAUUAUGUUAAAGAAAGUUUUAUAUCUGGAUUGUCUGCAAUCAAUAUUGGACCUGUUAAAGCAUUCAAUAUUAUGAAAACAAUGUAUGGUGGUUUUGGUGAAGUUGGUGCUAGUAAAGUUGAUUGUAAGAACUAUAGAAGGGAUUUGAAUCUUUACAUAGGAGAGUAUGAUGCAGAAAUGGUAGUUAGGCGUCUUAUUAGAAAGAAAGAAAGUUCUCCUGGUUUCACAUGUUAUGUUAUUAGUGAAGAUAGAAGAUUGAAAGGACUUUUCUGGGCUGAUGAGCAAUCAAAAACAAAUUAUACAGUGUUUGGUGACAUAGUUGGUUUUGAUGCUACUUAUAAAUCAAACAAAUAUGAUUUGGUUUUUGUACCAUUUACUGGGAUUGAUAAUCAUUUUCGGAAUGUCACAUUUGGUGGUGCAUUACUUGGUUCUGAGACUGCAGAUUCUUAUAGAUGGCUUUUAAGGUGCUUUGUUAAUGCUUUUGGAAAUGAGCCUAAAGUUGUUGUUACUGAUCAAGAUGCUGCAAUGAAGAGUGCUAUUAAGGAUGUACUCUCAAGAAGUAGGCAUAGGUUAUGUAUGUGGCAUAUAUGGGAGAAAUUGAAGACAAAGGUUAGUCAUGUUUUGUCAUCAAACAUUGAUUUUAAUACAAGAAUGACUCAUGUUGUUUGGAAUGAUACUAUUAUUCCAGAAGAUUUUGAAACUGAGGGCAUUCAAUAA